UUGCGUCGUGGUCCACGGCUCAUCCGUUAUCUUCCCAAACGGUGCCCUCUAGGGAUAUUUUAAUGUUUCUGCACUGCGUCGCCAGCACCACCCCUUGCUCUCGAAGAUUCAUCUACGCCCCGCUCCUCACCCUUAUCCUCUCCUUGGCGACCAUGGCUGCUUCUUCUUCUUCAUCACAGCCAGACGAAGUGCUGCCACUGUUUGCUUGCCCCAAAUGCUUAAGGUGGUCACCUUCGUCUCUCGCGGCGGAACUCGGUACUACAAGUGCGUCAGGAAAGAUGCUGGGCUAUGCCGGUUCAUGAGAUCCACCGAGACGUACCUGCCGGAGCUGACUCGUCAUGGCCUGUUGCAGCCGUAUGUGCUGCAGGCUGCAUCACUCCCUUGCCGUCCACCCGUCCCGCCGUCCGGUCCUCUCCAGCAGAGACUAAGGCGAGAGCACAACUUCGACGACGGCGGACAGGCGGAGAUUCAGCCUGCCCAUACCCAACAUGUCCGAUGAAGAUAGCUGUGAAGGGGAUACGGGCGAUGCCAACCUACAGAUUCCUAGCAACAUAAAUAGUGAUGAUUCAGCGGAGAAUGAUGCCACAGGCUGCUGUCCAGCACCAACAUCUCGUAUAUCUGUCAAGCAUGCUGUUGAGGUUAUUCGGACAUUCAAUGAGUUCAAGCGAUUCCUUGUGGCAAGCAUCGGCUUUGGUGGCAUGCUCGACCUCCAGUUGCUGCAGAAACUAAACCUCAAACAUAGCUCACUUGUUGUCCUCUGGAAAGUGUAACCGCGCCUGUCGUCAUGCCGAUGAAGUGUGCCAAUAGUCUGUGGAACCUCCGAUGCUUCUGCUUGCAUGGCAACUCCAGGAGUCACUGGACCAGUUGAAUGUUCUGCACCCAAACCAUUUUUUCAUAUUUCAGUGCAUAUAUGAAUAGAAAUCAUGGUAAAAAAGUCAGCAA